AUGAACGCUUCUCAACCACUCUUUGUCCGAACCAUCACCCAGAGCCUGUUUGCCACGGGGAAGAAGACUUCUAUCCCAGCAUCUGAGGAGCUGGUCCUGCGAGCACUGAAAGAUCUGGGAGACACUGAAUUUAAAGAGUUUAAGUGGUAUUUGCAAAAGCCUGAAGUUUUGGGAGGCUUCCCAAUAAUCGCAAAGAGCCGAAUCGAUAAAGCUGAUCGGACUGACACAGUGGAUCAGAUGCUACAGACCUACUGUGAAUGCACUCUGGAGGUGACCAAAAAGGUUUUAAGAAAGCUUGAUCGAAAUGACCUUGUGCGGGUCCUGGCCGGCCAAAAUGGGGAGCCAGUAUCAGAGGGUUUUGCUGACUGCCAGAGAAAUCUGAAGACCAGCCUUUUGAGAAAGCUGCAGAGUUCUACGGAAAACCCAAGAAAGGGUCAAAACUCUAAAGAUCAAGAGGAAACAUAUGUAGAAAUGAGCCUGACAAUAAAACAGAGCAAAGAAUUCAGCACAGAACAUGAGAACAGGCAAAUUGAAUAUGCAUCCAGGAAAAUAGCCAAACCAGACAAAAUCAUUAGACAUGAUGACAUCUUUAACCCCACCCCUGGAGCAGAUAAAACAGUAAAAAAAGUGCUAACAACUGGAAUGGCCGGCAUUGGAAAAACAGUCCUAACACAGAAGUUCACACUAAACUGGGCUGAAGACAAAGCCAACCAGGACUUCCACUUCACAUUUCCAAUCAGCUUUAGAGAGCUGAAUGCUGUGAAAAACAAAAAAUUCAGUUUGGUUGAACUUGUUCAGCAUUUCUUUACUGAAACCAAAGACGCAGACAUCUCUAACUUUGAGGAGUUCAAAGUUGUAUUAAUCCUUGAUGGUCUGGAUGAGAGCAGACUUCCACUGGACUUCCGUGGUAACAAGAAGGUUACUGACACUAAAGAGUCUGUGUCAGUGGAUGUACUGUUGACAAAUAUCAUUAAAGGAAACCUACUUCCCUCUGCCCACAUCUGGAUAACCACACGACCUGCAGCUGCCAGUCAGAUCCCUGUUGACUGUGUUGACAUGGUGACCGAACUUACUGGGUUCAACCAUGCUCAGAAACUUGAAUACUUCAAGAAGAAAUGUACAGAUGACAAACUGGUCAGCAAAAUUCUACCUUACAUCAAUGCAUCCCAAAGCCUGAAAACUUUGUGCCACAUGCCAGUCUGCUGCUGGAUCACUGCUACAGUUGCAGAAUAUCUGCUGAAAAACAGAGAAGAAGAACUCCCAAAGACACUUACUGAGCUCUACAUCAACUUCUUGCUGGUUCAGUUCAGAAAGAAGGCAGUAACAGAGGGAGACCCACAGUGGAAUCAGUCAUGCAAGGAGAAGAUCCUUACUUUGGGAAAACUGGCUUUUGAGCAGCUGCAAAAAGGCAACCUUGUAUUUUAUGAAUCAGACCUUAAAGGAUCUGGUAUCAAUAUUAAAUCAGCGUCAGUGUUCACAGGUAUGUUUUCUGAGAUCUUUAAAGAGAGUGAACAUGCCAAGGACAAGGUGUGCUGCUUUACCCAUCUGAGCGUUCAGGAGUUCCUUGCUGCUCUAUAUGUUCAUCUCACUUUCAUAAACUCUCAGGUCAAUGUACUCGAAGAAACACAAUCAUCUUGGAUGGUACUAGCAAGACGUAAAUCUAAUCCCCAACACACUGCGGUAGAUAAAGCCUUGCAAAGUCCAAAUGGAGACCUGGACAUGUUUCUUCGUUUUCUUCUGGGUCUUUUGCUGCCAUCCAGCCAGAGUCUGUUAAAAGGCCUGGUUAAACAAACCGAAAACAAUACCCAGGCCAUCCAGGAGGCAAUCAAGUACAUCAAGGAGAGGCUUGGUGCUGAUCUAUCUACAGAGCAGAGUAUUAAUCUGCUUUACUGUCUGAAUGAACUUAAUGACAAUUCUCUAGUGGAGGAGAUCCAAAGGUUCAUGGGCUCAGGACAUCUUACUGUGGAUAAUUUGUCUAAUGCUCAGUGGUCUGCCUUGGUCUACAUCCUACUGGCAGAUAAAGAAAUUGACAUGUUUGACCUAAGAAAAUACUCUUCUUCAGAAGAGGCUUUCAUGCGGCUGCUUCCAGUUGUCAAAAUUGCAAGAAGAGCUUGUUUGACUGCCUGUGGCCUGUCAGAGAAAGGUAUCGAAGCUCUGUCUUCAGUUCUCAGAUCCCAGGACUCCAUUUUGAAGGAGCUCGACCUGAGCUACACCAACCUGGGGGAUGCAGGAGUAAAGCAACUGGCUGUUGGACUUGAGAGUCCAAACUGUUCACUUGAAACUCUCAGGCUGGGUGGUUGCAAGUUGUCAUGGAGAGGUUGUGAGACUCUGGGCACAAUUAUCAGCUCCCGGUCUUGUCUCAGAGAGUUGGAUGUGAGCAACAACGAUCUGCAGGAUGCAGGAGUGCAGAGUUUAUCUGGCGGGCUGGAGAAUCCACAGUGCAAACUGGAAACACUCAGGCUUUCUGGCUGCCAGAUUACAGAGGAAGGCUGCAGUUUUCUAGCCACUGCUCUAAGCACAAAUCCCUCGCAUCUGAAAGAGCUGGACCUUAGCUACAACCAUCCUGGAGUAUCAGGAGUCAAUUUGCUGUCCAGUGGUGUUAAACAUAAACUGUGCAGACUGGAAUCUCUCAGAGUGGAGAACUGUGGAGAACGAAGGCUGCAGUUGGGUCUAAAAAAGUAUGGAUGCGUGAUUGAAUUUGACCCAAAUACAGCCCACAGAAAUAUCCAACUGUCAGACAACAACAAUAAGGUGACUGUAGUGAGGGAAGAGCAGCCAUAUCCUGAUCACCCAGACCGCUUCAACCACUGCUGCUGGCAGGUACUCGGCAAAACUGGUUUGAGUGGUCGUUGCUACUGGGAGGUGAAGAGAGAGGGACCCGUUAUCAUAGCUGUGAGCUACAAAAAGAUCAGCAGGAAAGGACCCACAGCCGACUGCAGGUUGGGCUGGAACGAUCAGUGCUGGAGUCUCGUCUGCACCGAAAAGCAAUAUUCAUUUUGGCACAACAAGAAGGAAACAGUUUACCCUUUGAUGUACUCAUCCAUCAUGUCCAGUAGAGUAGGAGUUUAUGUGGACGUACCUGCUGGAAUUGUGUCAUUCUACUCCGCCGGGUCCAGUGAACUGCAACACCUCCACACCUUCCAGGCCACAUUCACUGCCCCUCUCUACCCAGCUUUUGGGUUUGGAUUCGGGUACUGGUCCUACGACUCUUCUGUGUCUCUGUGUGAGGUGUAGGUCCUCAGCCAGCUGACUGAAAGCAGUGGUUAAGUGAGAUGUGAGAGCCUGCUGCCAUAGCUCUCUGUUUCCUUUGAUUUUUUUUUCUCUUUUGAUUAGAUUCAAAUAUCAUCUCAGUCAUUUUUAUUACAUAUGUUUUUCUUUCUGAUGAGAUAAAUUCAGCUAAAUUUCUUGUAUAAUGGUGCUUUUUAAGUGGAGUGGAGUUACUUACUGAAGAUGCUAAAUUAGUUCAGUAAAAGUUAAAAAUCAAACUGCUCAGGGUGGGGGUUCUGUUAGGUUAAAACGAUUUUUGUUUAAUCUUCUUUAAAGCUUUGUUUGAAGUUUCUAUAUUUUUUUUCAAAACCUUUUCAGUCUCUGAACAAAGUUAAAUAAGACAAAGUUAGGCAGACAAAAGGGUGAUGUUGGUGUAUUUUUAUAAGUGUAGGAGGCUUUUAUUUGAGGAACCUAUAUGAAUUUUGUGCUUUGAGAUAUAAUAUUCAUGUCGACUACAGUUAAAACUGAACUUCUGUGUUGAUUUAUCUGUUUAUCCGGGUUUUUAUGCAUUAUCUACUGCCUGUAAGCAUUAAUUGACGUAAUAUGUUGUUAAAUCUGAAUUUACUAACUGUAGGGGAUUUUGAGAUCUGAUUGUCUUAAUCUUGUUGGUUUAUGGUGAAUAAAAUUAAAAGUGGUGAAACUGA